GAUCGGAAAGCAUGAAGCACGGACGGUGCCAGGGGUGGACGCUGACCCUGAGACUGGUGAGCCGACUGGAAUCCUGCGCGAGAACGCGACGAAGCUGAUACAAGUCAUCCUGGAUCGAGAGGACUCCUUUCAAGAGAAGUAUGGCAAGUGUUGAUUUUGAGAUCAGUAAACUCCGGAAACAAGAUGGAGUUUUGAUCAAUCAACGCGGCCAACGACUGAGAAUUCAGUUCUAUAAUCCAGGUGCUUUUCCUUUCAUUCCUCUAAAAUCUAGUCCGUCUUCUUGGAUCUUGUCUCCGUGCUAUGCCUCGAGCAGGCUUAACCGCCAUCCAGUCGAACGACACUAGCAUCCUUGGGCAAAUCAGUGAUGCAUGGCCAGUGUAUCAAAAAUUGAUGGAAAAGUAUUCGGCAGAACAACAACAAGCUCCACCGCCAGAAGAAGAAGAAGAAGAAGAAGGCCCAAAAUCAAGUGCAACUACAAGUGUCAGGGAAAUAGUACAAUUAAGGCUCAGCUUUCAAUGGUCAUUGGGGUUGGUCACUGAGAUCGAAGAAGCGACCCCUUUAGAGAACAGGGGAAAAGGAAGGGAAAGGGGAGAGCUUUGAAGGGGGUCGCCUCCGUUCCGCAUCAGUGGCCAUUGAGUGCUGAGCUUUAAUACAAGAAUUGCCAGUCCGAGUGGCAUGGGUUGGAUUCUGGAAUACGAUUGAGUUUAGUCCCCGUCUCCCGGAAGAGCGGAACUACUUUUUGUGGACCGAACGUGUGAAGGUGAUAAUGGAUUAUGGCGGGAUGGCAGAUAUUAGAGUUGAAGAGAGUUAGUAUAUGAAGUUGUUGCGCAUAGCGUUUAGCAAAACCGUUCCAGAAGAACGAGGAACAACAACAACAAGUAGACAAGAACCAGAAUUGUACUUACUUAGCAUUUUCUGCACCUCGUCCACCUGUUUAUCUAAGGAAACGGUUCACUCGGCGCAGGCACGGCCGCACUUUUAGAGCCCUAUACGGACGAUGCUAGCUCUCGAGGACUUCUCUCUGUGACAAGCGAAGAGUUGGAAACGUCGUUGAGAACCGCUUAUGCAAAGGGCUAUCGCUUAGAAGCACACAGUAUAGGAGAUCGGAGCUUUCAACUAUUGUUGGAGAAAUUGGAGAAUGGGGUACCGUAUCUCGAUCGUCUUGUCUUCACGCACUGUCAAAUUCUGAAUCCGGAUUUGUUACAAUUAAGGCUCAACUUUCAAUGGUCAGUGGGGUUGCUUGGUCACUGAGAUCGAAGAGGCGACCCCUUGAGAGAACAGGGGAAAACGAAGGGAAAGUAAGGGCUGAGCCUUGGAGGGGGUUUCUUCCGUUCAGAGUCAUGAUGACCAAGCAGGAGUGCUGAGCUUUAAUACAACGCUUGAAGAGGCUGUGCAACACUUCUCAGACACGCAGGGGCAGCACAGCAACCACAAAUCAAGAAAACGUCUCAGCUUUCAGUAGAUGGCUUCCUUCCUGGGGUCGUGGUCCUUCAUGGGGUGGAGGGUGGAACUUCUUCUGUCAGGAAUCGAAAGCGGUAGCAGAGAACAAUAAAGAUAAACUACAAAGUGACCAGGACAAUCAGAGGCCUAAGAUCAUCGGAUCGAUCCAGCCACAAUUCACGAAUAGCGAUCUUCCGAUUCUUGAAGAGAAACUUUAUGGCAGCAACACCAACAGUUUGCCUUUGCAGUGGGCCAUUUCUAUUUGUAUUGGUCUUUUUGUACUUGGUGUUUGUAAAAAACUAAAGAUGGUGAACAGCAGAUAAGCUUCUAAUUCGUUUGAUAAGCAUUCAAUACAUUGAGUUUAUUGCGCCGGCCACGCAAACUCUUCCUCUAAUAAACUGGCCAUCAACGUCUAGAAUGCUGUUACGCAUGGAAAUCGAUUCGAAAGACUGGCUGUGUCCUCUCCGGAGGAUCGGAUGCUCCGGUAGAACGGAUGGCCCCACUAGAAGGGAUGCGGUGUGCUAUGCGAAAUGCAUUACAUAGGAGUUAUUUGAAAAGCGACGACGUGGAUGCACGACAAGACGAUCUCUAUCAAGAAAUUCAAAGCAUUAACAAGAAAGAGGACCUCUCCUUCGCAGAAACGCUUGCUUUAUACACGCGCAAUUCUGCCUUUUCGGCUGGCGUUUCUGACAGCCUUGGCGUUUUGGAUCGGGGAUUUUUCGCAGAUUUUGUCGUUUUGGAUGUUGCUGCAUCUUGUUCUCCAUCGUGGGACUGGGAGCAAGAGAUAUGGCGACAUCUACAUUCAUUUGGGAUUGAUGAUCUCCUCGAGAAGUUGAAGAUUCCUUUUCAUUCCCUAUUAAAGAUGCCAUCAAUCUGAAAACAUUUUUCAGUACAUAACAAACUGCAUGCCAUGAUCCUGAACCUGAUGAUCCUUGCCAUGAUCCUGAUGAUCCUUCUUCUUGAUCUUCUUCCACGUAUAAAAAUUACAGCGUUAAAUAGAUUCAAAUCUUCUAAGCAUCCUAUCCGACGCUUUCCUACAGCCGAAUGGUGUGCGAGUUCAUAGUACCUACGUAGGUGGGAAGAAGAGGUAUGAUUCGUCUGAGAUUAGUGAAAGAGAAGCAGAAGAAGAUUAAGAAUAUAUUUCAUUUCCACGACUCAUUUCUCGCAGUUUCCCUCUUGAAAUUCUGAAGAAAUGAAGGGAAGAAAUGAAAUGUUUUGAGCUCUAAGACGACUUCGCUCUUCUUUGUACCAGCGACACAAAUGCUCCAGGAAGAGGCGGCUUGCCUAUCUGGAAAUGCCCUUGUUGCUUUCCAGACGCACAGACGAGAGGUUUUAGGUAGAGGCGGGUCUUGAUGAAGUUGGUUUCUCAAACUAACUAGGAUGCUUUUCUUCGUUCAAUCUAGAUUUUUGGAACUAGUAUCAUCCGCAUCAUCCAUAUCCAUGGUAGAGAUGUUCAUUUGAAACCAACAUUAACGCAUUAGAAAUAUGACAUCAAGGAAGAGGAUCUGUUGAAAAAGACAAUGUCCAGUUUGUAGGUGUCACGC